CUCAGCAAUCAAUUAACUUCUGAAAAUAAUGUUGGAAUGUUCAUUACAAUUUUUUGGUUUUAAAAGUAAAAAUCCCAUAUCUAAGAUGAAACUUAACAACAGAAUUCAGAUGUUUUUAAAACCUGCUGAAUAUUGUUUGAAUUUUUCGAAUGAUCUUAGAAUUUAAAGGUGGUAUUUAAUACAAAGAAAAUAUGAAUUCUUCUCACUGGACUGCGACAAGAAAUGCCCUGCUCCGAGAAUUCCUCAACAUAACAGAGCCCCUGCAGCAUUUCGAUCCUCUGCCUGAAGUAUCCACUUUCGAAUUCAUUACAGAAGGAGCUCUCAUAACCACCAUAGGAUUUCUCGGUGUUAUCGCCAACAUCGUGUCUCUGGUCAUUCUCUCCAGACCUCAGAUGAGAUCUUCUGUAAACUGUGGUUUACAAGGAUUGGCUGUAUUCGACACUAUUGUCCUGAUUUGUGCUGUUCUGAUGCUUGGCCUCAACAAGCUAGGCAGCAGAGUACAGUUUCUGAAGUCAUACACAGUCGACGUGUCACCUUUCAUAAUACCCAUUGCAUAUCCAGUGGGUCUUAUUGCCCAAACAGGAUCAGUUUGGACAACGGUAGCUGUAACUGUCGAGCGUUAUAUUGCAGUUUGCCACCCACUGAAAGCCAAGUCAUUAUGCACCUACAGAAGAGCAAGAUCUUUCAAUCUUUUCAUCACAUUAAUGGCCAUUUUCUACAACAUUCCAAGAUUCUGGGAAGUGGAACACACCGAAUAUUUUGCACCAGAUAUGAAUCGCACAGUGUAUAAAGUGGUUGCAUCACAGCUGAGGGUGAAUAAGCUGUACUACGAGGUUUACCACAUUUGGCUGUAUCUCUUAGUUAUGUAUUUCAUUCCCUUUUUGGUGUUGAUGGUGUUUAAUAUCUACAUUUGGCAGACUGUCCGUCGCGCCAACAGAGAAAGGCAGACCCUGAGUCGCAAGCAAGAAGGUGAAUUCAGCCUGGCUAUGAUGCUGCUGUGUGUUGUAAUUGUCUUUCUGAUCUGUAAUAUUCUGGCUCUUCUCAUAAAUAUCAUUGAGUACUUCGACAUUUUUCUGCCCCCGCUGGUUCGAGUUUCAAAUCUCUUGGUGACGAUCAACUCAUCAGUGAAUUUCGUCAUCUAUUGCAUCUUUGGCAGGAAAUUCAAAAGAACAUUCCUCGUGUUGUUUUGCAAGUACCCCAUUCAGCGAGCUAGCAUCAAUGAUAGUUUCCAGGGAAGUACUUGGAUACGUUUCAGAACCAUCAAAUCUUCAACUGGAUCUCUUAACCAUUCCAUCACUGGAAAUGGACAUUGCCAUAUUUAAAGGAAAGAAGAGGAAUUCAAUGACAAAAAAAUUAUUUUUAUCUGUUUUUUGGAUCAUGUAUGUUGUAUUUUGUGGAUUAUUACUUCCUUUAUAGAAAUUUUAAGCAUUUUGUCAUUGUGAAUUCGUAAGUUUUGUUACUACAUUAAUUCAAGUAACAAAGUUGGCUUUUUCAUCCCUCGAAAUGUGACUGAUAUGCAUCCAUAUGUACUGUCAAAUUUUAUGUCAAGUAUUCAUGAGGGAAAAUAUUACUCAAGUGAGAAACAUUCUGAUUUUUGUGGGGUAUGUAUAAGUGUUGCUGCUUUCCUUGUGGAGAGUGUAAGUAUUUUAUCAUUGUGAAUUCAUAAUUCUAUUUGUUAUAACAAAAGCAGGAUUUUCAUCUUCUGAAACGAGACUGAUAUGAAUCCAGCUGCACUGUUAACCUUGAUGUCAGGUAUUUGUAACUGUAUAAGUAUAUUGUGAUAUGUAAAAUAAUAAAUGUUUGCGAAAAUUCUUUCUGUUCUGCAUUCAUUACUUUCCUCUUCAUGUGUAGUUAUAUA